AUGGCGGGGCCCAAGGAAGACCCACGUGGCCUGUUCAGGUGCGGCCUGCGGGCCGUCCUCGAAGCCUGGCCUGUCUUACAGAUUGCCGUGGAGAACGGCUUCGGGGGCGUCCACAGCCAGGAGAAGGCCGAAUGGCUGAUGGGGGUUGUGGAGGAGUAUUUCUUCAAUAAUGCUGACCUCGAGCAGGAUGAGGUGGAAGACUUCCUCUUCGAGCUCAUGACCAAUGAAUUUGACACGGUGGUGGAGGAUGGGAGUCUGCCCCAGGUGAGUCGGCAGCUGCAGAUGGUAUUUGGUCACUGGCAGAGGGGUGAGGGGGCCGCCUUGCAGGAGCUGAUCGCCCAAAUGGCCCAGAAGUCACAGGGCAAGGCCACAGCGGUCCGGGCAGCCAGGGAGAGUGAGGAGGAGGACGAUGAAGAUGAAGAGGAGGAGGAGAUGGAGGUCACGGACGACACGGCUUCGGCGGGCUCGGCCUGCCCGCCCCCGGGCCCCUCCGGACCCCCGCCCGGCCCGGACGCCGCUUCAGGCGGGGAGCGGACAGAGGACGGCUGGACUGUGGUGCGAAGGAAAAAGAAGUGAGCGGGUCUGGGGCGACGGUGGAAGGCUGGGGCCCGGAGCCGGCCCGUUGAGGGGGAUUGAAGCAACUUGUCCAGUGUGGUGUGUGCGCUUUGCUGGGCCCUGAGGAGGGAGAGACAGCUGCUUCCCAAGGCCGAGAGUGGCAGCCCCAUCCCCUCACCUUCUCCCCAAUCUGUUGCGCUGUGCAUCGGCUGCAGGAGCAACGGGCACGCUGUGGUCCUGACCCUUCCCUCUCCCCAGGCGACGAUCAAAUGCCCCGUCCCCCCAGCCCCGCUGCGCUACUGUUUCCCUCCUAAGGAGGUAAGUGCACUAAGGGCCCCCAAAUUGGAGCAGGGUAUGCUCUAAACCGCUUUUUCUCCUCUUUUCUGCUCAUCCUGCUCCAUGAUGGACCCAAGCCAGUGCCCCGCAGGCUGGGUUUUCCUCAAAGCCCCACAAAAAAAGGCCCGAUGAUGUUUUUUAGCAAAGCACCCGCUCCUUUGCCGGCUAAGGAGAGGGUGGCCGUGAUAAAAGCGCUUAGCGCAGCCUGGGUCCGCCUUUCCAAGAACACCCCACCUCAGGCCGCGGCUAGGGCA